AUGUACCAGCAAGAAGCGAAUUUGCAAAUGUUCAGCAAUUUUAUGGCAAUGGUGGUCGAAUCGGUCAGCAAGGUGGUCAUCUAUACGAGUGCCCAACAUUCCAAAAACGACAAAGAAAAACAUAAAGGAUUCGUUUAUACUCACUCCGAGAAUCAAGUCGCAGUAGGACCAAAGAAAGAGAAGGAAGGCAAUGAAAAACUCUGCUCAUACUGCAGAAAAGGUGGUCAUCGUUUGAAGAACUGCAUGAAAUUCCAACAGUUAUCAGUAGACGAUCGAUGGAAAAGUGUUCAAUCGCUAAAGGUAUGCCGAAGCUGUCUUAACCCACACGGUCGUCGAACGUGUAGAAAUUCCAGUCAAUGUGGAAUCGAUGGAUGUCAAUAUCGCCAUCACCAGUUGCUGCAUGGGAGAUCUGAUCUGAUAGUUCGGAAUACUGCAAUCGCAUCCGCUGAGAGUCACGUCCAUCAUUGCGGACAGUCCAUACUUUUUCGAAUAAUUCCCGUUAUACUACACGGAAAGUCAAAAUCUAUCACCGUGUUCGCCCUUUUGGAUGAAGGGUCCUCUGCAACCCUCAUAGAAAGCAGCUUGGCCGAAGAACUCGGUGUUACAGGACCAACCGUCCCCCUGUGUCUCAAGUGGACCAGUAACAUGACGAGAACCGAAGAGGAAUCGCAGGUCAUAUCGCUCGAAGUCUCUGAAACUAAUCGGAGAAAACGGUUCAAAUUGGUGAAUGUGCGUACAGUAGGAGCUUUAAACCUUCCAUCACAAACUCUACGUUUUGCGGAUCUUCAACUGAAUCAUCCUCAUCUCAAAGGAUUGCCGGUGAAAAGUUACGAAGAUGUCACACCGAAACUUCUGGUGGGUCUAAGGAACCUACAGUUGCCCGUGCCUCAAAAAAUCAAAGAAGGAAACAGCGGAAUCGUAGCUGCUAAAACUCGCUUAGGAUGGUGCGUAUACGGAACCAUGGAUCAAGGUCAAUUAUCCGACGAGUAUACCUAUCAUGUAUGCGAAUGCCAGGCAGAAGAAAAAUUAGAUCGUAUGAUGAAGAAUUAUUUUGAGGCCGAAGAUUGUGGGGUGAAACAUCCGGACGAUCUGGAAUCCGAAGAAGAAAAAAGAGCACGCAGAAUUAUGGAGAAAACCACUUCAAGAGUAGGUGACUGUUUCGAGACAGGACUUAUUUGGAGAACCGACAACGUAGAAUUUCCCGACAGCUAUUCCAUGGCCCUCAGACGAUUGCAGUGUUUGGAAAAGCGAAUGGAGCGAGAUCCACUUUUAAAAGAGAACAUCCAUCGUCAAGUGAUGGAGUACCAGGAGAAAGGAUAUGCGCAUCGAGCAAAAGAAAACGAGCUGACUGAGGCUGAUCCUAGACGAAUUUGGUACCUUCCGCUAGGUGCCGUCUGCAACCCAAAUAAACCGGGAAAAGUUAGAUUGAUUUGGGAUGCGGCUGCGAAAGUCGACGGAAUAUCGUUGAAUUCCCUCCUUCUUCCGGGACCGGAUCAUCUUGUUCCGCUUACAUCCGUCCUAUUCCAUUAUCGUCAAUUUCCAGUAGCAAUCAGUGGAGACAUCAAAGAGAUGUUCCACCAGGUAAAAGUAACUCAACGCGAUCAGCCAUCGCAAAGCUUCCUGUUUCGCAGCAAUCCAAAGGACACUCCCAGCGUUUUUAUGAUGAACGUAUUGACCUUCGGAGCCACCAGUACGCCUUCAUCUGCACAGUUCGUCAAGAACAGAAACGCGCAAGAAUUUUCCGAGCAAUUUCCAAGGGCAUCUGAAGCAAUUUGUAAAUACCAUUAUGUCGACGAUUAUCUCGACAGCUUCGAAACAGUCAAUGAUGCGAUGUUGGUAGCACGUCAGGUAAAAUGGAUUCACUCAAAAGGUGGCUUCGAGAUGCGUAAUUGGUCGUCGAAUCAGCAAGCUGUGCUAGAGUACCUGGGAGAACCAAAAAAGGAAACAAUUAAAGAUUUGUUGUUGAAAGAAUCCGAGCGCGUUCUAGGAAUGAUGUGGUACACCGAAGCUGAUGUUCUGUUCUUUUCAACAUCAUUCAGAGAGGAAAUCGAACUAGUAAUCAGGUCGGGCAAGAGUCCUACUAAACGGCAAGUUUUGAAGUGUGUCAUGAGUCUUUUUGACCCACUAGGACUGCUGGCAUGUAACCUAGUGCAUGGGAAAAUCAUGAUGCAAGAUAUUUGGAGGAGUGGGAUCCAGUGGGACGAGUGCAUCAACAACGAAAUCUACGAAACUUGGAAGAGGUGGAUAAAGUUACUGGAACAUGUUAAUCGAGUUCGUCUCCCAAGGUGUUACUUUGAAAAUGCGAAUGCCAAUUUGUACAAUUCUUUGGAAGCACACGUAUUCGUCGAUGCAAGCGAGGCGGCAUUUUCCGCAGUAGUAUAUUUCCGAGUAGUCUACUCAGACGAGACGAUCAAAUGUGCCCUGGUGUCCGCGAAAACGAAGGUUGCCCCAUUGAAAUACGUCUCCAUUCCACGAUUGGAACUAAUGGCAGCGGUCUUAGGAGUACGUCUACUCUCAUUCGUACGUGAAAGCCACACAAUUCAACUGCGUCGUUGCAUCUACUGGACAGACUCUGAAGUCACCUUAGCAUGGAUCCGAGCUGAACAUCGCAGAUACCGACCAUUCAUAGCUUGUCGUGUAGGAGAAAUUCUAUCAGCAACGAAUGUUAAGGACUGGCGGUACGUUCCGAGUAAGAUGAAUGUUGCAGAUGAUGCCACAAAGUGGGGAGAAGGACCUUGCCUCGAAGAAUCAGGCCGUUGGUUUAGUGGUCCUCCUUUUCUAUGGAAGCCCGAAGAAAAAUGGCCGAAACAGAAAAAGUGCAUCGAAAGCACCGACGAGGAACUUCGAGCAUGUUACAUGCAUCAUGAGGUUCAAAAUCUGCAAAAUCCAAUUACCCUCGCACGCUUUUCAAAGUGGACCCGACUUCUGAGGACAACUGCUUACGUAAUCCGUUUUGUAGACCGCUUGAAGCGACAGGAAUCCGGAAGACAGAAUGGUACAAACUUGACGCAAGAAGAGCUACACGCAGCGGAAAACAAGACGUUGCCAGAGGUCGAACGUUUGGAGCUGGAUAAAUCAAGUUCACUGUGGAGAUUAACACCAGUGAUGGAUGAGCAAGGAGUUUUACGACUUGAUGGUCGAAUAACCAAAGCAAAAAAUGUAUAUGAAGAUGUAAAGUUUCCCGUUAUAUUACCAAGAAACCACCGAAUCACUGCUCUCAUCACAGAAAGUUACCAUCAGAAGUUUCUACACGGCAAUUCCGAAACAAUCAUUAACGAAAUGCGUCAACGGUUCUACAUAGCCCAGCUGCGAACUGUUGCUCGAAAAGUAACCGAACGAUGUCAAUGGUGCAAGGUAUUCAAAGCAAAACCAGCAGUGCCUAGAAUGGGUCCCCUCCCAGUUGCAUGUCUGUCGCCGAAUAUUCGCCCGUUCACUUAUAUAGGUGUCGAUUAUGUUGGUCCUAUCCAGAUAAAGGUGGGUAGAUCGUCAGUGAAACGUUGGAUCUGUUUGAUUACGUGUCUCACGGUACGAGCAGUGCACCUAGAAGUCGCCUAUGAUCUGUCGACUAAGUCUUGUAUCGCCUGUUUACGUCGCUUCGUAUGCCGAAGAGGGGCACCACUCGAAAUUUACUCCGACAAUGGUCGGAAUUUCUCCGGAGCAGAUCGGGUAUUGCGAGAUCAAAUCCAGCAAAUUGAACAGCACUUAGCAUCAACUUUCACCAAUACGGAAACGAAGUGGUUGUUCAUACCGCCUUCCGCGCCACAUAUGGGAGGAUCGUGGGAGCGUAUGGUACGCUCAAUAAAGAAAACCAUGGCAAGCCUACCACAGAAUCCAAAGCUUGAUGACGAUGGAUUGCAAACGCUAAUAGUUGAAGCUGAAGCGAUUGUCAACACUCGACCACUUACAUAUCUACCGCUAGAUUCUGCAGAGCAAGAAGCGCUCACUCCGAACCACUUCAUCCUAGGAAGCUCAACCGGGGUCAAACAACCCGUGGUGAAGAUUACGACAGAAACGAUACGGACUUCUUGGGAUUUGAUCCAACAACGUAUCGAUUAUUUUUGGAAGCGAUGGGUUUUGGAAUACCUACCUACUCUAACGAGACGUACCAAGUGGUUUAAUGAGACGAAACCGAUUCAAUGUUGA